UUUACUUGUUGAUGUUUAAUAAAUAAUUUAAAAUAUUGAUAAGUUUUAAAUAAUAAAUAAACUUACGAUGAAAUCUCUAUCAAGUACAACUGUACCGAAUGUUGUAAAUAUUUUAUUAUUACUAGUGUUUAACUUUAUCUACAUUUCAGCACGAAGGGUGCCAGUGAAUGAAUACUAUGGUUUAUACGAACAUCAUCAGCCUCAAUUUGCUGCAGCAUUAGAAAAAUUAGAACAUGAACCUAAAUGGGUGGAAAAUUGGCCUGAUUCAUCCAUCACAAUGGGCCAAGUAUCAGGAGUUGCUCUGGACAGCUCCGGUCUACUGUUGGUGUUCCACCGAGGUCCUAAUAUAUGGGGUGCUAGUACAUUUAGUGAUAGAAAUGUGUACAAUGGUAUAGGAGAAAAGCCUAUACCAGAACCAACAAUCUUGGUGAUCAAUGACACCGGAGAACUGGUUGAUAAAUGGGGACAAAAUCUCUUCUACAUGCCUCAUGGGAUCACAGUUGAUACUGUGGGUAAUGUCUGGCUCACAGAUGUAGCACUGCAUCAGGUCUUCAAGUUCACACCUGACCAGCGGGAUAAACCAGCAAUGGUGCUUGGAGAGAAAUUCGUCCCAGGUGAUGACGAAAGCCACUUCUGCAAGCCGAGCGCGGUGGCGGUGCUGUCCAGUGGAGAGUUCUUUGUAGCGGACGGCUACUGCAACACGAGGAUCAUCAAGUUUGCGCCCGAUGGUACAAGAAUACUGCAGUGGGGAAAACGGUACGGGGAGUCCCCGUUCGUGUUCAAAGUGCCGCACGCACUGACGCUGGCGGAGGAUCGCGGCGCGGUGUGUGUGGCGGACCGCGAGCGCGGCCGCGUGGCUUGCUUCCGCGCAGACAACGGCACCUACCUCGCCGCAUACUCCAGCUGGCUCAUCGGUGACAGGCUCUUCAGCGUCGCCUACGCACCAGUACAUGGCGGUCGGUUAUACGUAGUAAAUGGUCCCGGGGGUGGUGCGCCUGUGCGCGGGUACGUGGUGGACUACGAAUCGGGGCGUAUGGUGGGCACUUUCGCACCGGACGGAAAGUUCUCCAACCCGCAUGAUAUCGCGGUGUCGAGUGACGGGUCGCGGGUCUUCGUGCCCGAGCUCGACCCUUACCGCGUCUGCAAGUUCAUCGACGACACACCGCGCAACGCCACGGAGAGCUCUCCACCUGCCAAACCCACCGCUACUGUCGAGUUGUCAGGAUCUAGUGCAGUGCCCGUGGGCCCAGUUAGCGCAUGGGGCGCGGUGUCUGGAGCCAUGGGCGCGGCUCUUGGCGCGGUAGGCGCGGCGCUGCUCGCUCUCGGCGCCCUCGCCUUGCUGCGCGCCAGGAACCGUGGUAAGGAGGUAGAGGCCGAGCCCCUCGUGCAGUAGGAGGUACACGACACAUGCACUCGGUACACUCGCCCUAGGUACAGUGGUUUGUUAACGGAAUCUCAUCUUUAAAGUCAGUGUUUGAAAGUCUUUUACGCCUUGAAACGAAAUAAAUCAGUAAUUGUUUUAACAAUAGCGUAUUCCACAGUACACAAUACUCAGUGGUGCAUUUGAGGUAACGCACGCUUGUUUAUUUGAUCAAAGGAAAGUCAGCACCUCAAUUGUAAAUAUGUAAGAAGGUGCAGAUUUUAAGUUCGUUACGACGCGUGAGGCUAUUUUUUCACAACUGGAAUACCGCGAACGGAGCUGACUGUACACUCGCGCUAAGCAUGAGGCAAUUUAUUUUGUACACAAUGUAAAUGGUCAGAUAAGAAAUAUAAUAUAUUGUAGCGUAUAUUUAAAA